GAAGCUAACGGCUAACGCUGCUCACGGGCUGGAGUCCCCGGAUGAAACCAUCAUGGCCGCCACUCGAUGAGCUGUCAAGCUCUCCACAAAAGAAAAAGAAACUAGAAGAAACAUGGAUGUUUGCACAGCCACCUCAACGGGCCACAGAAAACUGCGCGUCAGCAAGAAGAAUAGAAGCUGGCACAGACGGCUCCACCUCAGGAAAACUGUCGUUCAGCCCCCAGCUAUGCAAAGCCAAGAUAAGAAUGGGCCAAAGAAGAUAGCGAAGAAGUGGGAGCAGACCAGCGUGUGGCCUAAGGAGCCUCCCCGGGAAGCCCGCGUCACAAACGACGGCGGCAGUACGCUCAGGUUCCCCUGCUCUCAAUGCGGGGACAACUCGGAUUAUGCCCCCAAAGACCUGGUGAGGCACUUCAUGGAAAUGCACGGAGGCAGUCUGCCCGUUUUUUCCUGCCAUAUGUGCACUUUUAGCGCCCAUGAAUUUUCCUACCUUCAGGUUCACCUGCUAAGCCACAAAGACACUUUUUCUACCUGCAGCAUGUGCAACGACAACAUUCAACGCACCUGGCCUGAGUUUAGUGCACACCUGAGCAUGUACCACUGCUCGGACGGGAAGUAUUCAUGCGAAACGUGUAAGAAAUUCUCAACAUGUGACUUUCGGGUGUUUCUCGACCACAUAUAUAAGCAUAAUUUAACCGUUGAAGAUAAAGAAGUUGGUGGUCAGUUCUGCGGCGGCGAGGCGCCGGAGAAAUGGUUGAUCAAUAAGAGCGUUAAAACUGCUCAUGUUUGCCAGAAUGGCAACCAGAGGAAAGAUGGGAGGCGAAUUCAUUCCAUAGCAAUGACACCAAGUGAGCGGAUCCCCAGAGUGAAGACGAGGUUAACGAGAAGCACUGUCAGGGACACCUGCUGGUUGACGCAGGACUGUCUGUCGCUACCCGGGAAGGAGUUUCUGGAUAAAUACUGCCAUCUUUCUGACCCACAGACAACGUUAGAAGAGACUCAGCAGUUUUUGAUGCAAUCUGUCGCAGGGGAAACCGAUGACCAGAAGUGGACCAAGGCUCUCAAAUCCGUUCUGUCAAACGUCCCUCAGAAAAACUCAGAAAAUGGCAUCGUGCCCAACACGUCAGAUCUCGCCGUCCUCACGGUCAAGAACAAAAUAACGUUAGCUCAGAACGGUGCUGCUUACGCGAAAAGGUUGAAAAUGGCCUCCGCAGAUAAGGAGCCUACCUGUCCCCAAAGCGCCGAUAGCGACUCCUUGUGUGCAAGUGACCAGAAAGGAUUUAGUCCAAAUCUGAAAAACCAGGCGCUUUGUUUGACUGAAAACAAACCGCGCAGUGACUUCUCGUCGUCUGGUGCUGGAACACAGGAAAACCGUGAGAACCGCAAAUUAAAGACUGAUUCAGAGAUCCAGGAAAACAGUGAAAAACUGGAAGAGCCCAUAGACGACGUGGGCAAGUCGAGUGAUUUAAAGUUGCCGAAUGAGAGUGAGGGGAAGAUGAAAAGACCACGGUGGAGAAGAAAAGCUAGAUUUAAAAAAGUGCAAAGAAAACCAGAAGGAAAGGUUUUAAAGAUUGUCAUAAAGAAGAAUCUGGUGAAGGGGAAGCAGUGGGUGUCUCAAAGCUCUUCAUCUCCAAAACAUGUUGAGAUUGAUGGUCAUGUGGAGCCGCCGAUUCCUCAGCAAAACGCCAUCAAAGGUUCCCCGGCGGGCCUUCCUGAUCCUUCUAGACGAACUGCAAUCUGUGACUCUGUACAGCCAACAGAGGCUAAAGAUACGAGGAUGGAAAAUGAACAUCGAGAUGAUCUAGAGGAGUCGCAGGAUUUCUCAGACAGACGCGGAUCUGCUGAGGGAACAAGCGAGACGAAUUCCGUAGCUGCAUCAGUGACCAACGUGAGGACGCCGCACGAAGAGCCAGCGCUACAAAAAUCCAACGAGGAGACGGAGGAGAAGAGAAGUCCUGCGGCUUCUUCACCGCAUGGGAAGGCAAAUUUGGACUUGAGCCUUGAACGUCCUGCAGAGCAAAGUGAUCAAGGGUCAAAAUGCGAAGAGGCGUCCACAGAUUUCAGCCAGCAUCUCCUGAGCGGCGUCCAGUCACCUGGAGCUGAAGCGAGUCAGCGGGAGCCGUCAGCGGCGGUGGCGGCUAGGCCUCAGUGGCACCUGGUUCCGAAACAUCAGCCGAGAACGCUGAGGUUAGUCGCCGUAAAUCAGUCCCAGCCAGUCAAACGUCCGGCGGGAGACCAGCCCGUCGUUGUACUGAACCACCCAGACGCCGACAUCCCCCAGGUGGCACGCAUCAUGGAGGUCGUCAACAAGUACAGGCAGGUGCGGAGAGUCCUGCUCUCCCGGCACACUCUCAGGGCUCUAUCGGUUCUGAGCGGUGGCGGGGCUGCAGCGAUGACGAACAAUCUGAUGGACGAUCAGGGCAAGAACUCGGUGCAGGAGAGGUUCACCCUGAGGCUGAAGUUCCGCAGGGUGAGCAGGAAAAAGUACGAAAUUGUGGGCGUGGCGUCGCCGGGCCGGGACGCCUCGUCGAGGAUCUCCUGCUGGUUCUGCGGCCGGGUGUUUGCAAGCCAGGAAGAGAUGAUGCUCCACCGGCAGCGCCACCUGAUGGACUGGAGGAAGCCAAACUGUGAAAAGUCUUAAAUGUCACACACACUGGAUUGGGUGGGGAGAAGAAAAAUUAAAUCUGGAAAAAAACACUGCAAAAACGCAAAAUCUCACCAAAUAUUUUUGGUUUAGUUUCUUUUUUUAAAUAUUGUACUAUACUUUAAACAAGACAGAACUAACUAACAGUUAGUUUGAGUCAGUAAUUCCUUAAAGUUGAUAAAAAAAAGUGCUAGUUUCAUUUGCACUAUAUUAAGAUAUUAUGUACUUUAAACAAGCCUCUAUAUUUUGCUAAAAAGUCAGUUGUAAGUUAGUUUUGUCUUAUUUCAAGACCAUUAAGACAUUUGUACAAGAAACCAGAGCAAAAAUACUCUGUAAGAUUUUGUUUUUUGUAGUGAAAUUAUUGUUUUAGGUCUGUCUUGUGAUUAUUUUUAUUUUUAUUUUAUAAAUAAAUUGAUGAUGCUUCCUGGAAGGUUCACAUUCUCAGGGUAAACAUUUACCUUUUGUUUCUCUUCCAGUAAAGCUCAAUACAGAGAGUUUAGUUUAUUUUUGUGUCUCUUUUUGCCUCCAAAAAGGUUUUAUUUAAAGUGAUUUAGGUACACUGUCAUGUGGAUUUUAUAAAAACACUGUAAUCUGUUAAUUUGCCAUACCGUCUGUUUUUGGAAGCAGAUUAUGUACGGGUAGACUACGCAGUGUGGUAGCUGUCAUAUUUAUGUUAUUGGAGGCAGAAUGCUGUAAGUUACUCAAAUAUACCAAAUGUGUGUAUAAAAAUAACAAAAAAAGUACAAUAAGCUGUCUUAUUCAACAUUUAUUUAUCCUGCUUAGAUUUAGUCUUUUAAUGCUUCUUUUAUGCAUUAUUUCUAAGGAAUCUGUGUAUUUCUAAAUUCUUUUGUAUAAACUUUGAAUCAUGUUCAGAAAGUAUAUUAUUUACUGUGAGAGCUCUAUUUUUCAUGCAUGUAUGCAUGUGGGUGUUGAUAUCCCUGGUCACAAUUUUUAAUUAUUUUCUUCAAAAUUGAUUUAGAAAAGAGAAUAAAAAAGAUUUAACAGAUUAGAUUUUUGUUUUAUCUCUUGAAGAUUUGAGGUUUGAGGACUUGAAAUGAUGCUAAUUAUUGAAUUGCACUAUAAAAUGUAUUUUCCCACCCUUUACCUCACUUUUUUAGGCCUUAUCCUUUGACAAUCCUGCUGUGGCUCUUUGUUUCCCUAAUGUAGCCACUGUCCCUUAUUUAAAUGGGAAAUGUGUGCAAAAAUCCCUGUUUUCAAUGAUUUCUUUUUAAAUUUAUAUAUAUUAGCUUUGUAUAUAAUCCGCAAUAGGUACUGUAAAAAUAAAUAACCUGAGAAUAUUCACCAAGUGCCUGGAAAUUAUGACUAUGCAAUAAAACUGCAUGGGUGUGAUAGCAUUACGAAUGAAAUUUGCUGUUUUUGAGUGGCGAUGAUAUGAGUCGAAACAUUUUUAUUUAAAUUUUUACAGUAACUCUUGAAGUAAGAAGUCCAGCUCCCUUUUGCUGCAGCAACACUGUCUCAUUCCUCAUUGAUUUCAGUGGAUUGUUUCCUGACUGAGCAUGAAAAAUCCUAAUAAAACACAAGUUAAAAAUC